CGCUGCUCCGGUGCGCUGAGGUAAGCGGUGCGGCAGCGCUGGCAGUCUGGCCGCGACCGCGGUCCAGGCGGGUCGGGCCGGGUAGCGUGUGCGCCCAGGGGCAGUGCCACGCCGCACCUGUCCCAUUUGGACCCCCCAUUUCCCCUCAGCCCACCUGACAGUUGACUCCCUGCCCCCUUUUCCCUUCCUGUCUCCUGUGGCGCCCGCCCGCAGGCUCCAUCCAGCGCCACCCUCGGCUCCACCGCAGCCUUCAGGGGUGGGGGAGCGCCUCUGUCCGUCCGUCCGUGCUGCGCGUGUGGCCGUGCCCGGGGCAGACGGCGCUCGGACAUCGGGGCGCGGAUGCCGAGGAGGAGCUGACAGGACGCCUCCGAGCGCCUCCAGCCAUGGAGCCGCCGUCCAGAGCCGCCGUCUGGGUCCUGUGCUGCGUCCUGCUGCACCACGGCCGGGCCGACAGGCCCCCUGGCUCCCACCUGGACGAGACCGCCAUCGCAGAGUUCUGUCGAAUCGAUAAGCCCCUGUGUCACAAUGAAGAUGAGCAGCUCAGCUUUGAAGCCGUCCGCAGCAUCCACAAGCAGAUGGACGAUGACGCCAACGGCAACGUGGAUGUAGAGGAGAGCGAUGAGUUCCUGAGGGAAGACUUAAAUUAUCAUGACCCAACAGUUAAGCACAGCACCUUCCAUGGAGAGGACAAACUCAUUAGCGUGGAAGAUCUCUGGAAGUCCUGGAAGAUAUCUGAAGUGUAUAACUGGACGGUCGACGAGGUGGUGCAAUGGCUCAUUACCUAUGUAGAGCUACCGCAGUACGAAGAUACCUUCAGGAAGCUGCAGCUUAGUGGACACGCGAUGCCCAGGCUAGCGAUCAACAACGCCACCAUGAUGGGGACAGUAUUGAAGAUGACUGACCGGAGCCACAGGCAGAAGCUGCAGCUGAAAGCCCUGGACACGGUGCUGUUUGGGCCUCCUCUCUUAACUCGUCACAACCACCUAAAGGAUUUCUUGCUGGUGAUUUCCAUCGUCAUUGGAGUGGGUGGAUGCUGGUUUGCCUUCAUCCAGAAUCGCUACUCAAAGGAGCACAUGAAGAAGAUGAUGAAAGACCUAGAGGGACUUCAGAGCGCAGAGCAAAGUCUCCAUGACCUGCAAGAGAGGCUGCACAAGGCUCAGGAGGAACACCGCACGGUGGAGGUGGAGAAAGUGACGCUGGAGCAGAAGCUGCAAGACGAGAUCAGCAUCGCCAAGCAGGAGGCCCACCGGCUCCGGGAGCUGCGCGAGGGCACCGAGAAUGAGCUGAGCAGACAGAAGUACGCGGAGCAGGAGCUGGAGCAGGUUCGGAUGGCGCUGAGGAACGCGGAGAAGGAGCUCGAGUCGCGCAGCAGGUGGUCCGCCCCUGACGCCUUGCAGAAGUGGUUGCAGCUGACACACGAGGUGGAGCUCCAGUACUACAACAUCAAGAAGCAGAACGCAGAGAAGCAGCUGCUGGUGGCCAAGGAAGGGGCUGAAAAAAUCAAAAAGAAGCGGAACACUUUGUUCGGCACGUUCCACGUGGCUCACAGCUCGUCCCUCGAUGACGUGGAUCACAAAAUCUUAACUGCGAAGCAGGCCUUGAGCGAGGUGACGGCCGCCCUGCGGGAGCGCCUGCAUCGCUGGCAGCAGAUCGAGGUGCUCUGCGGCUUCCAGAUCGUCAGCAACCCCGGCAUCCACACGCUGAGCGCAGCCCUGAACAUCGACCCCAGCUGGAUGAGCAUGCCCCGGCCUAGCCAGGCCCACUUCAUCAUGACCGAUGACGUGGACGAUUUGGAUGAAGAGAUCGUCUCUCCCAUGUCCAUGCAGUACGCAGCCUGGCUCUUGGGGCGCAGGUUCAGCGACCGCUCGUCUCUCUCCUUGGAGGACCAGUCCCUCUGGAAAUACCCUGCCCCUGUUUUGCCGAGCGGCGUCCGCCAGCGCCUCGUGGACCCCCAGCACGCCCUUGGAUCUCAGAGGUUGGUAGAGAGUUACAUGCAAGGCCAGAAUGAGUUGGGCCAGCCUGUUCAUUACCUGGCAGGCCGAGCGUCUCUCCGUCGAAUGCACAGCCUCACCGGUGGACCGUCUCUCAGUUCCGACCUGCACGGAACCGGCCCAUCGUCAGCCACCACCACCACCUCUUCCUCCUCUUGCUCUUCUGCCUCCACCACCACUGCAUCUGCUCCUGCUUGCCAUGCUCACCCUAUCUAUUACCAUCACACCACCUCCUCUUAUUUCCUCCAGAUGGACUCCAUCCCCGACCUGCCCCCUCCUGACGUCACCUCUGGGAUCCGCUGUCGCACUGAGAGCUUUGGAGACCUCACUCGCUCCGAGUCCGACUCCUCUAUCCCGCACAUGAGCGACCACCAGCGCGUCUGCAGCCCUGCCUCCAAGCUGCUGGUGGCCAGGCCCAACCUGCUGAGCCGGAGCACGGAGGAGGCGGCUGCCGCCCUGUGUGGCCCCACCUCCAACGGCGGCAGCCGGCACGCCGAGGCCUUUGCCCCGGAGCGGCUGGCCGAGAGCCCCCGGGUGAGGAACAAGGCGAUGGUGGUGAACCACGGCUUGGCGAAGUCCUGCAGCCUGGGCGAGAUGGGCCAGGCGGCAGGCAGCAAGCACAGCCACUCGGAUUCCUCCCGCUCCCACAGCCCCAGCUCCACCGAGCCCGACACCCCGUCCCCCACCUCUGACUCCCGGCCCGGCAACGCCAAGAUCACCCGCAUCCCGCAGCUGGCCGCCAAGAAGAGCCCCGGAGAGGAUGACAGCGGCUCCACGGGCGAGGAGACUGACUCCAGCCAGGGCAAGAAGAAGUUCCCCCUAAAGAUCUUCAAGAAGCCCAAGAAGUAGGAAGCCGAGGAGGCGGACCGCGCCCCUGCCACGGCCUGGCCCGGCGCCACGCCAAGGGACAGCCCUUCCGCUCGCUGCCACCCGCGCCCUCUGCCCCCCGCGGGGAGGACCGGCUUCACCCUAUUUAUUUCCCAGGCGCCGGGAAGCCAGCCAGCCCCUCCGCGGGCCUAGCCCCUCGCUUCUCUGUGCAUGGCUUCUGGCUGCUCUGUCCUCGCGCGGCCUCGUGGCGCGGGGGCUUCAGCUCGGCGGGGGGUGGGGGUGGUAUAUUUUGGUUCUCUCUUUUUUUUUUUUUUUUUCUUCCUAGCUGCCUUUUUCUGGACUCUGCAUCAGCAUGAGACCCUGGGUGGGCACGGAGGGGGCACUCGGGGGGGCCCACGCCGCUUGUGCCAGCCCCCGACCCCCUUCGGAGGCGAGGCGGGAGCAUCCUGGGUACCGGGCUCUCUGGCCCCUCGCAGCGGCUGCUUCUGACGCUUGAUGCCUCGCGGAGCGCCCCCACUUGCGUGGCUUGGGAAAGGAGCAGGAGCCUGCUGGCGCGGGGAGAGCGUCAGCCCACGCCAGCCCACCCGGUUCCCAGCUGCUCCCGUGCCUGCCUGGCGGAGAAAGGGGCCGUGGGGGCGAGAUGCCGGCUUUCCCUCCUGCCCGCGCCUCUGGCCUUGUCUGAGGCCCAAAGCCUCUUGUACCCGUGCAGCAGAGCCGCACAGCCCUGCUGGAAUGAUGGGAAGGAAACACUGAGGCAGGGGGACAACCCGUCCUUGCUCUAGGGCUCAGGCACCUGCUGCUAUUCCUGGGGGGCCACUAGCUCCCUUGUCCCAAGCCUUCCAGCGGCCUCCCCGCGCACCGGGCCGCAUCCUGCCCCCAGCUGUGUACAGCGAGGGCGUGAGACACCUUGCAAAGGGGCACAUGGGCCAGGGUGCAGGACGGAGUAAGAGGCAUCAGCCGCUGCUUUGUGCGCGUCAGCAACCGGGGACUCGACCAAGUGCCUGCACUGCCCACACCCACAGGCGGGAGGGAGACGCCAGGGCGCAGGAUGGGCAUGAUCAACAGGGGAGCUGGGGGCCCCGGGGCCUGCCGGCCUGGGCGAACCUCGUGAUGCAGGGACCGACGCCGGCCUCGUGCCUGCGGACUCGCCCCGAGCCAGCUCCGCGCGCCCGCGGCAGCCCCCUCCCCAUCGGCGGUGUUUGUCAUGCCGUGAGACUUUUAAACCAAUAAAGCAUGUCGGGGAUUUUACCUGCCGUCUUAGCCCGUGCUCCUUCCUGCCGGGCUCAGCUGGCACGUGGCUCCCUCCUGCCUCCGACCCCGAAUCGGGGGCACCACUUGUGGCUGGCACGAUGCACUGGCAGCUUCCACCGCCCGGCAGGGCAAGGAGUGGCCCUGAGGUCCCAGGCCGGAGCCCGCGGUACUGCUGAGAUCUGGCUAACGCAGCGAUCCUGGGGACCAUCCAGCACCGCAUCAGGCUUUGCAGCUUAUUCUUUGGGCCUUGCUGCUGCGCCAGGCUCCAGAGCAGAGAUGCCCCAGGGGCGCAGGUGCUGGGCUGGGGCAUUAAUUAUGUCCACAGGACACCCCGGGGGCAACAGGUGCUGGGCAGGGAAAGCACGUGGCCCUUUUGACCCCAUGUCUCCCAGCAGUGGGAGAGACCAAGGCCAGCUGUGUCCAGGGUCCGGGCCUGUAUGCCAGGAUGCUGCAUCUUCCAGGCCGAGCUCUGUGCUGGUUGGGUUGUGCCACAGGAGGUCCAGGGACAGGCGAUCCCAACCCAUAGCACAGGCUCCUGCCCUGCCCACCACUUGGGCCCCAGUGCUGCUGAUGGAGGCAGCCUAUGGGCAGCCUGCAGCCGCCUCUAGUGACAGGGACAGAUGCUGCUGACGGCAGUGGGAUGCCGCUGUGGCGCAAGCCAUGAAGCCACAGUGGCCCAGCUUGUUUGCUGUGUUCCCUCCUGCCCCUGCCAGCUGGGUGCUGCUGGGGUGUUUCCCCCUUCAUAGAAAUCCCAGAGCAGCGGGGCUGGAAGGGAGCUGCAGAGGUCACAUCUAGUCCAACCCCUGCCUGAGGUAGGAUCAGCCCUGUCCAAACCAGCCCGGACAAACCCACUGUCCAACCUCUGGGCCACAUGACAGUCACCCCUGCCCUGACACAGCACCAGGCAUCACACUCCACCCUGCCACAGGGAAAGCAAAGGGACUGAGGCCAUCAACGUCCUGCUGCCAAAAGAUUGUUAACAGACACUCGAGAGAUCCCAGUCAGGGACCUUGCCCCAGCUACAGAGGAAGGUGAAACCCCUCAAUCCAUCUGAAUCUGACCAGGGGGGAAAACCCCUUCCUGACCCCAAAUGUGGCAUUGGUCUGACCCUGAAUGGAGGGGCAAGACCUUCUAGUCAGGACCCUCCGGGGCUUGGUCCCAGCAGGAGCAUCAGCACAGCCCAGUCCCCAUCUCCAGCCUGGGCUGUAGCCAGCACCUUGGCGGGGAGGCUUAAAAACCCUCUGACACGUGUCGCAGCAAGAGGGGGGAGGACAGCAACCAGCAGAGACCAGAAGCCUGGGAAAUCCUCAUAGUAGCACACAGGCAUCACUGCGCUUUACAACACGGAGCUAUUACUCAGCCCUAGUCACGGGGCAGGAAAUUACCAUGAUCAGUUCUGCACUGAUUACCGCAGAACGAGGAGCAUGCAAGGAAAGUGGAGAAAACACCACCACUAAGCACUGCACGCCCCCGGUUAGCAGCUAUCCAGUUGAACCCCUGCAUCCUGAAUUUGGUGCGUGGGCUCAGAGCGUUAAGAUGAGACACGAGGCGAACAGAGGCCCUCCAGGGACCUCCCCAAACCCAGCACAGAGCUUGGUCUCUGGUCGCAGCUGCUUGUGGAGACAUCUCGCACUCUGACCCUUGCACUCGGUUGCUGGGCCACUGCCCCGGGGCCACCUGUCACCAGCCAGCCAGCGAAUUCGACAUUGCAGGACUGCUGCACUCACUCCUGGCGCCACAGGAUGUGACAGAGAGAGGAUUCAAGUGCCCCUGGCCUUGCAGCUCUGAGCUGCCUGGCUCUGGAGGGGGAAACCCUCCUCUUAUCCCAGCUUACACCAGCUGGAAAGGUCUCAGGAGGAAGAGAGCAUGAAUGGCUCCUUUCUGCCCACCUGGCAGUAGAGGCUGAGGCGGACAGUCCUUGCCCAGGCUCCCAGAGAGCACUGGCCUGGUCCUACCCGCUUAGGGCACUGGAGAACGAAGCCAGACCUCAGUGCCCCCUCCGCUGCCCAGGGAUCAUGCAGGGGCAUCAUGCCCUGUGGAGACAGUGAAAGGAGUUGCCUGGGAGGAAUUUCCAACACCCAAAGCCAAGGAAGGGUGCAAGGCUGGCAGGAGAGGACUGGAGCACAGCCUUUGCUCACCUGGACGCCAGGUGAGGCCCCGACCCAGCCCAACUGGUCACCUAGGACUCACUCGCAAUCCACCCUGGCCCAGCUUCCAAUGCAUAAAGGAAACACUGACCAUUUCUGAGCAUGCAGCAGCGAGGGAGCUUCAGCUUCAGGCUGUUACCCUGGUUGUUCACCAUCUGCAAACCCCUGAAACAGGCUGGGGGGGCUGCAGGCAGGGUCCAUGCUCCGAGAAACAUGCCGAUUUGUCAAGAGCUCCAAUCUCCAGCAGGUGCUAGGAGCCCAGCUGGUUAAUUAGCUGUGGGAUUCAUUAAUUGAUGAGUAUCUCCACAGUUUGGCAAGUGCAGGAUGCUCUCAGGGUGUUAAUUACCCUCCGUUCAUAUCCCAUGAGUUGGCGGGUUGCAAAGAGGAUCAACAUGGGGAAGAAACUCAGAGCCCAUAGGGGGUCUCUGACCCUGUACUGGCCCCUUCCUUCUCUCCUGCUUCAUCCCCUCAUUGAUGGGGCAGUGAUGAGUAUUGCACUUUGCGGCUGGGGGCAGGUUCAAAUCCUACUGAAAAGGAUGGAUGGUCCACCAGGCACUUCUCCACCACAGACUUCUUGUGCUGCCUUGGUCAAGUCCCUGCGGGGGGGAAACAAGUUGCCCUCAUUAUACAUCAGGUUCAAAAUCCAAGUCAGCAGUAAAACCCGCUCAAGCACCUGAGUGAAAACAUGCUUGGGGCUGUACAGCUGCUGUGCAGCUCAGGGCAACCCCCCAACCCACUUAGCAAACCAAAUAUUUUGAUGUCUAAAUCCUUUAGGAUUCUCCAGUUUGGGGCAGCAGUGCCCCUGUCUCUCACAGGUGCCUCGCUCAGGGUGGGAGACCAGGGCUGAAGUGUGGUAGAGAGGGGGGAGUUUACAGCGAGGAUAUUGGCAAGUCCCUGCCCUGACGGGGGCUGUGCUGAUAAAGACAUAAAGGGCAGCGUGUGUCGCUCUGGUGCUAUGAUAAUGGAGUUAUUUCAGCUACUAGGAGAUCCCUUAACCUUAAGCCUUCAUACAGCUUCAAGCUCUCCCCACUGCUAGAUAUGUCUGGCCAUGGGUGGAUCUAGGAUUUUAGAAAGAGGGGUCCAGGUGGUGUGGUGCAUCAUCGCCGCAUAUAGCACAGCAUGUAUUCUUCUCCAGUGAAAGAGAAACUAGAAGCUUUACUAAAAUGUUAGAGGGUUAGCGCCAUAUUAUUCAUAGAUUCAUAGAUGUUUGGGUCGGAAGGGACCAUAGCAGAUCAUUGAGUCCGACCCGCUGCCCUGGGCAGGAAAGAGCGCUGGGGUCACACCACCCCAGCAAGGUACAUGUCUAGCCUCCUUGUAAAGACCCCCAGUUUAAUCAGAAUGAAAACAAAUUUGAUUACUGGAAUGUGCACUGAUUUGCCAGAUUAGAUCUAUCGAGUUUUAAGAACCAUAACAAACUAGGCAAAAAAUGGUCAAAAUAGUCAAAAGAUAUUGUCUCCUGUAGCCAUUAUAGUAAAUGCACGUCUCUUAUUUAGAUUCAUAAAAAAAAAUCUAGCCUUCUUGAGCAUCUGGAUAGUGCCUCUAAUACUUCACUGCCAGUCAUUUUUACACCUGAGUUCAUAUGACCACAUCUG